AUGGCUGCGGCGGCGACUACGACGGCGACGGCCUCAUAUUCCACAAUUUCACCCAAACACAACGUUUCUUUCUCCACCAACAACCACCACCAUUUCAAUAAGAACGCUCUAGCUGCUCCUCCGGUGAUCGAGACUAGUAAGUCGAGUUCUGAUGAAGUUCCCACCGUAGUUGAUGUUGAUUUAGGUGAUCGGAGCUAUCCAAUCUAUAUCGGAUCUGGUCUGCUUAAUCAACCGGAUCUUCUACAGAGGCAUAUUCAUGGGAAGAGAGUUCUUGUAGUCACAAACACCACAGUGGCGCCUUUAUACUUGGAUAAAGUUGUUAAUGCUUUAACUGUUGGAAACCCAAAUGUUACAGUCGAAAGUGUGAUUCUCCCAGAUGGAGAGAAAUACAAGGACAUGGACACUCUCAUGAAAGUAUUUGACAAAGCCAUUGAAUCUCGAUUGGAUAGAAGAUGUACUUUUGUUGCCCUUGGUGGUGGUGUCAUUGGUGACAUGUGUGGAUAUGCUGCAGCUUCUUUCCUCCGUGGUGUCAAUUUCAUUCAAAUCCCUACAACUGUUAUGGCACAGGUGGAUUCUUCGGUUGGGGGCAAAACGGGAAUAAACCACAGAUUGGGAAAAAACUUGAUUGGAGCAUUUUAUCAGCCACAGUGUGUGCUAAUAGAUACAGACACAUUAAACACAUUACCUGAUAGAGAAUUAGCUUCAGGUCUUGCUGAGGUCAUCAAGUAUGGGCUUAUUAGAGAUGCUCCAUUUUUUGAGUGGCAAGAAAAGAACAUGCAAGCUUUGAUGUCCAGGGAUCCUGAUGCUUUUGCAUAUGCUAUAAAGCGUUCAUGUGAAAACAAGGCUGAAGUUGUAUCUCAAGAUGAGAAAGAAAGUGGUUUAAGGGCGACACUGAAUCUGGGGCAUACAUUUGGUCACGCAAUAGAAACUAGCUAUGGGUACGGACACUGGCUUCAUGGAGAAGCAGUUGCAGCAGGCACCGUAAUGGCGGUUGACAUGUCAUACCGCCUUGGUUGGAUAGACGAAUCCAUAGUCAAACGAGUCAACUCCAUCUUAAAACAAGCCAAGCUACCAACCACCCCUCCCGAGAUGAUGACCGUAGAUAUGUUCAAAUCUGUCAUGGCCACUCAGUUAGAGGCAUAUCAGAGUCUCUAA